AUGGAUCGUUUCGGCAUGCAGCAAAAGGACCUUUCUGUAAAGAAGAACUUCAAAAAUUUCAGAAAUGUGAAAUUGAUUUCCAUGGAAACCUCGUCAUCCUCUGAUGACAGUUGUGACAGUUUUGCUUCUGAUAAUUUUGCAAACACAAAGCCCAAAUUCAGGUCAGAUAUCAGUGAAGAACUGGCAAAUAUUUUUUAUGAGGACUCUGAUAAUGAAUCUUUCUGCGGCUUUCCAGAAAGUGAGGCUCAAGACCUAAGAGGGGAUUGUGGAAUUUUACACAAACCCAAAUUCAGGCCAGAUAUCACUAAAGAAUUGGCCACUAUUUUUUAUGCCGACUCUGAUGAUGAAUCAUUCUGCGGCUUCUCAGAAAGCGAGAUACAAGAUGGAAUGAAAUUGGAUUCUGAUGAUGAAGGCAGGAGGACUCGGAGUCAGAUGAGACGUUCUGGUUCUUUGCAAGUAGCUCUAAAAUUUCCAACCCGGGGGUCCAAAAGAGCAAGGAAUCAGAAAGCAACCCCACCCAAAGCCCCAGAGGCCCCCACUUCCUAUUCUGAUUCUGACUCUGACUCGGAAGAUGAGAAAGGCUCCAGUUUUUUGGAAAAGAGAGCACUAAAUAUAAAGGAAAACAAGGCAAUGCUUGCAAAACUAAUGUCGGAAUUACAAAGUUUCCCGGGAUUAUUUGCUGCAAGGAGAUCACUUCCCGGUAGUAGCCCUCAGUCAAAGCCAAGUCGAAGGCGCUCCUUCCCAAGAGACCCCUCCAGGAGAAACCCUGAAAGAAGAGCUCGUCCACACACUAGGUCAAGGUCUCUAAUUGAAGGACCCCCAGAUCUGCACUUAGAUGAUGAUAUAGAUUUUGAGGACAAGUACAUGUUGGUGAGAAAAAGGAAGACCUUCGAUGGAUAUAUGGAUGACGAUGGCACACCUAGAAGUCGUCGCCCAGGUACCAUGACCCUUCCUCAUAUUGUUCGUCCAGUGGAAGAGAUUACAGAGGAAGAGCUGGAAAACAUCUGCAUCUCCUCCCGAGACAAGAUCUACAACCGUUCAUUAGGUUCCACCUGCCACCAGUGUCGCCAGAAAACUAUUGACACCAAAACAAACUGCAGAAACCCAGAAUGUUUUGGGGUUCGGGGGCAGUUCUGUGGCCCCUGUCUUCGCAAUCGAUAUGGAGAAGAGGUCAAGAUAGCAUUGUUGGACCCGAAUUGGCAUUGCCCACCUUGUCGUGGAAUCUGCAACUGCAGCUUUUGUAGGCAGCGAGAUGGACGAUGUGCAACUGGUGUGUUGGUGUACUUGGCCAAGUAUCACGGUUUUGGAAAUGUGCAUGCAUACUUGAAAAGUCUGAAGCGGGAAUUUGAAAUGGAGGCAGAAAAUUGAUGAAGGAUUCACUGGCAUCAUUUCCUUUCUCUAAUCUCCUUUUUCAACUUCAGUAAUCUUGGCAGUUAUAUGGUUAAAUAACUUCAGGUUUCAAUCUUGAUAAUCAGUAUUUUUUUAUAGUGGUGUCAAAUUAAGAUAAGUUUAAGAUCCGUUUCAGAGGCACAAAUAACAUACCUCUAAAGUUACAUUGUUGUUUUUAUGCUCCCCUUUUCCCCUUACUACCACUUGCUAGAAAAUGAUUUUAUUGAAAUAUAGCUGACUUUGUCUCUUUAGUAUUUGUGGGGAGGAAGCGGAUUUGCUCAUGAUUGGGGCUAAAGCCCUGGAACCUAGCAAUAUAACAAAACACUUGGAAAUGCCUCAUUAAGUAUUCUUAGGGAACUAACCUUCCUAAUAUAGUACUUUAUAUCCAUGGAUGAUUCUGGCAAGAGGUAGUAGCUUGGUGCUUAGAAACAAUAUGGAAGGUGACACUGUAAGUGCAGAGGGCAAAGUGUGAUUUUUACAGUCUAGUCCCUGAGCACACAGAACCUGCACUUUGAAUAUCAGGUUUCUCUUGUUAUAGUUGGAAAUCCUAAACUUUUUUUGUACAUCAUGAAAUUUAAAAGUGUGCAUGUACUGGCUCAUUACCUUUGCAAUAUAAAAUUUCAUGUGCUUCAUACAGUUUAUAUACUUGAAUCAGCAUUAGAAAAAAAAUCACAGGAAUCAAAAAGUAUCUUAAGAACUUCAGUAUUAAAUGUGCAUCAUACUCUCCUUUCUCUGUUCCCCUCAGUAAUCUUGCAGUUGAAGACUAGACUAACCUUUAAAUUUUUGGUGUUAGACUUUUAACGUAUCUGCUUUUACUCCUCUGUAUUCUAUAUGGUUCCUAUGUUUCAAAAUAUUUCUUAGACCAUAUUAUAUGGAAAGUUGGCUUAAAUAAUGGCCUGCAGCGCUUAGAAUUUCUGCUUGAGUGAGGAAUAUAACUGGCCCGUGUACAACGUUGACUUUAGCUUUUAAUUUUCUGCUACUGAAUGGAAAGUGCCUUCUUGAAGAUGGAAGAAAUCAAAACGGUUAUGACUAAAGUACUUUUUGAUACUGUUUUAAGCCUGUGGAAUAACGUCCAUCUUUGGCUUUUAGUAUUAAACUGAAUUGGGAGACAGGGCAUUACUGUGCUCUGACAGAAUCCCUUGUACUUUCCUGACAUACAGCAUCACACCAUGAUUCUCAUGCCCUUUUAGACGCAUAAUUGAACCUUAAAUCAGAAAAUAAAACACAUUGUAAAUAAAUCUUUAGAUCUGUAAUGUUCUUUUGUACACAAAUUUUAUUUUAUUAA